AUGUUGCCUAGUGUUUUGGGUUGGGGAGGUAUCACUUCUGACGAAAGUGACGAUGAUUAUGAUGACAACUCCUCUAAAAAGGAUUGGUAUGUUUCCCCUCCUCUAACAUUCUUUACAUCUAUUUGCAGAUUCUUCAAGUCUUAA